UCUGUGAUUCAUUCACCUCAUACACGCUGUGCAGAGAGAGGAGCGCAUGUCUCCAGUCCGGUACAUAAAGCGUCUCACUCCGUGUCCGUGUGCGUGCCGUUCAUUUGCGUACGAGUGUCACCGAGUUCAGAGAACAACCUGAAUUUUGUGUGAACGUGCUGGAUAGUAAACCUCCACCUGUCCGGUGUGUUGGAAAAGAUCACGGGACUCUGCGGUUCACCUGAGGCGCACGAGGACAUCGUUUGCAUGAAACUGUGCUCAGAUAAAAGCGGUGGAUGCAACUACGCUCCAUUUAUAGAAGAAAGGUGGAAGAGUGGGAGAAGCUCUGAAGAGGACCAGCUGACCACAGGCAGUUACACUUCAGCUAAAAUUUCCUCCAAACCCAACCUGAAACGCAUCAUGUCUCUCAGCACUUUCCAUCUCAUGCAGACCCUCAAGAACUCUCCUGCUGCGUUACGUCGCCGCUUUCGCCGCGACCGCACAGAGUCUUUGUCCCAUGGAGACCCUCUCUUCAAAGUCCACUACCUGGGCACAGAGAAAAUCUUCUCUCUGGAUCGAGAGCAGGCCCAGGAUGCUAUUAGCCACUUGCUAGAAGGUAUUGCUAAUGGGAAGAAGCUGAGCAAAGAUCACGCCCUUGUGGUGCGCCCAAGAUACGUUGAGGUCAAGGAGCUGAGUACAGGUCGGCAGCUCACGAAGACAUAUCUGCAGGACAUUGCGUACUGUGCCGCUGAUGCCAAUCGGCCCAAUGUCUUCCUGUACAUCUGCAAGCAUCAUGGGCAGCAGCUGCAGUGUCGGGUGUUCUGGUGCAGCCGGGCAGAGCGGGCACGAGACAUGACGGCCUGUCUGGCUCAUUCCUUCCAGCGAGCGCUGAGUGACUGGCAGCAGGACGGCUCGGCCACGCUGACGGCAGGAGAGGUGAAGGGGAGACGUGUGGAGGAGUCGUCCAGCUCUCCCAUCAACACAAAGAGUUCCACCCUGCCUGCCAGUCUGGGAAAAGUUCGCUGGAAGAAGAGAGGCUCUGUGUCUCGCAGCCCCAUGAGGGCCAUCACCAGAAGAGGAUCUGCCUCUGACAGCUGGAACUGAACCCAGGCUUUAACCCCUCAAAUGUGGGACCACACGAACCUAAUGACAACCUCAAGGAUGACAGCACUGAAGGGAGGGAGGGGAGUGAUUACAAGACAGAAGGAAGGACAAAGGGGAUGCAACUGGGAAGUUAUUUAGACAUAAUGUAUGAGGAAUCUGCUUGUGAGAGGACGUUGCCAUAAUCAGUGAGUGUGUGGACUUGAAGGUUUGUGACGCAGCAAAGUUGUCUGUUGACUUUUGCAAGUGUAGCGUUCAGUGCAGCACAAGAUGCUGUUGACAGCUUUCUUUGUUCACCUGUCAACAUGCAGUGACCAGACUGAUAUUUCAUUGGCUCUUUUUGGUUGGCUUGUAUGUUUUUAAGGUGUCUACUUGAUCCUGAAGCCACCGAAGGGUUUGGUCUGUGACAUUUGCAGCUGACCAUGAUACUGGUUGUUGGCCAAAUGAUCCACAGGCAAAACUGGAAAAAGACGAUGAGAGUUCUGAUGUUUUUGAAGGCAGAUUUUUUUUUUACUGACUUUUGUGACGGGUCAUGUUGAUUUUAUUUUUUAUGUUUGUUUUUUUUUUACCCUGUGGCACUAGCAAGUAUGUUUCUCUUCACUUUUUCUCUCUGGAUGGACAAAACCACACUUUUAAAUCUAUGUUGUGAUAGUUUUGGUCAAGAUUACACACUAUAAGAAGACAAGAUACAGAGAAAAAUGCUGGCAUGUCAUACAAAAGUGAAGUAAAUUUACUUUAGUCUGUAAUGUACACAAAUGCAGUAACGUACAGUUUCCAAAUGUCCAGCUGUAAAAUUUGAACACGUCACAGUUUAAUCAUUUCGUUCUGCAUUUUAAGAGGCCACUUGCUGGUGACAAAUUGUAUGACAGGCCCAGCACCUGCAUUGUAAAUUAAAAAUAGACAUUUGCAGAACUUGCAGGGUCAACAAAAUCCUCCCCUUGUGCACUACACUUAAAAAAAAAAAAAAAAAAAAAAAAAAAAAAAGAAAAACAGAUCC